AUCAAAGAAGUUCAGAGGUGUCAGACAACGCCACUGGGGUUCCUGGGUUGCUGAAAUUCGCCACCCUUUAUUGUAAUCCUCCAAAAGAUUCAUAUUACCAAAUAUACUAACACUUACUAUACGAGAACACCCAAAAUAUAUGAAGAGAAGGGUGUGGCUGGGGACGUUUGAAACCGCCGAGGAGGCGGCGAGAGCCUACGACGAGGCGGCGAUUCUGAUGAGUGGCCGGAAUGCAAAAACCAAUUUCCCGGUGGCCCCAAACCAAACCACAAAUGGCAACACUAGUACUCCAUCGCCUUUCAGAGCUAUUCUGAGUGCAAAACUUCGCAAAUACUGUUGCAAAUCUCCCUCUCCUUCUCUCACUUGCCUCAGGCUUGACACCGAGAACUCUCAUAUUGGGGUGUGGCAGAAGCGAGCCGGGGCACGUUCUGAUUCAAACUGGGUCAUGACAGUCGAGCUUGAUCAGAAGAAAUAUGAGCAAAGACCGGAAAAAACUCCGGUGAUCGCGACUUCGGAAAAGGAAAUUCCCCGGGAAGUCGUAGAUGGGAUGAACGAAGAAGAGAGGAUUGCACUGCAAAUGAUUGAGGAGCUCCUAAACUGGAAUUAAUUAACCUUGUACCUCAAUAGUCAAAAUGGUAGUGUAACCUCUGCAAUGGCAAAAGCUUAUUUGUUAAUUUGUGCUUAAUUUUGGAACACGUUUUGUAAUGUAUAUGAUGGGCUUAUUAUAAAAGUAUCUGAUUUGGGUUUGGAUCUAACUUAUUUGUAUCUCGAUUAAUUUUCUCUUCGAUCCAGUCAAAAGUAAACUAUUC